UGAAAAUGUUAUUUAAUAACAAACUGUUCGGAAGAAGAAAUAAUAAAGAUUUCAGAUUUAAAAUAAUCACAGAUACUCGCAAGUGGAGAGAAACAGCUAACAAGACGCAUCUCCAUGCAGGUUCUAACCCAGACCAUUUCUUCACAGGUGUGAAGAUUAGCUCUAGAAGGAGAAGGAAAAGAAGCACAGCAAUUCCUAAAAGUAUCUUUUUGCCCACAAGAAGGCAUGUAGACCAAACAAAACGUUUAUUUGCUAAUACUCAGAUUCAUAGCCCUAAUGAUGGAAGGAUUAGAAAUCCUGUCAUAAGAAUGUCGGACUUUUCAAAUGAAAGUAGCAGUAUUGCAACAGGGAGAACAAGAAAUGGCAGAAGUUUAGCAACUGAUGCUCCUCAUAAUUUAAUGUUCAAAUAAAAGAGUUUCAGCCUUUAAUUCAACAGAUCCUCCUCAAAGAAUCUUCUCACUAAAGAAAAAGAAUCAAGCCAUUAAGAAAGAUACUCAAUCGAUUAAAAAUAAAGCAAAGGAAGCUUUUAGAGCAAACCCAAGUAACUCAAAGAGUAACGUAACUCCUCAGAAUCAGAAGAGGCUCAAUUUCCAAAACUCAGGGCUUCGAGCUAACUUCUUGCAUUCCAAUUACAAGGUAGGUAUGCAUGAGGAGUUAGAGCUGCUGAAUCCUGACAAUGAAGAAUUACAGGAGUAUUUCAAAUAAAAUUUGAGAUACAAAAGGAACAAGACUCUACAAUUAUAGUUUGUCCAGAACAGCCUUCAGAGAGUACAUGCUGGAUAGAUAUUGCUCCAAUGUCACUGAGAGAGUCAUCUUUCUAAUGCAACUGCCCAAACAAAUAAAAUAUGAGACAUAUAUUGAAUGAUGUAAUAAUUUGAUAAAGAUGAGCCACUAUGAAAAGCAAAAGCUCAGCUUUGGCUUCUUUGAUCACGACUUUGACGAUAAAAUAUCAGUCACUGAUGGUCUACUCAUGAUGAGGCAUCUUACAGACACUGAGUAUUUAAUGCAAGAAGAUUUAAGAGUCUUGAUAAAAGGAUUGCUCGAUAAACAGAAAUAUCAUAAGAAGCAAUCGAGACGAGAUAUUCACAUAAUCCAUGAGUUUGAGCCUCAAAAGCAUAUGGUAGGAGAUAAAAAGGCUUCCAUUACUAGUGAAGAGCCUAACAAGUACAAAAGGUUCACUGAGAAAUUUGAUCUAGCAAAUGGAAACAAGAAGGAUAAGAUGAAAAUGAUGAAGAACUCUUCAAUUUCAAGUAUCACACCUGCAUCUCCCUUUAAGAAUAAAGUUGAGAAAAUGCCUAGUUUUGGGUCUAAGCGAUCAUCCUUCAAUGAUCAUCACCAAGAUGCUUGGGACUCAGAUGGCUCAUUCUUUUCUGAAACAGAGACAUUUUCCAAAACUAUUGGUCCUCCUAUUGAAGAGUUUAGCACCCUGAAUUCUAUGGAUCAGGGAUAUAUGAGAGAAAAGCCUAAAAAGAAGCACAAAAACUCCCUUCGUGUUGAAGAUAUAUGAGACACCUUCACUAAAAGAUCUAAUAAGCGAGCAAAUUUCUACAGGAUAAUUGAAAAGUACUGCCAGAAGAAAUAUUUAUUCCAUGAAUAUGAUUAUUUGGAGUUCAAAGAUUACUUAAAGCUCAAAUUCAGUUGUCCUUCACCCCUCGAUUCAUGCAGUUUCGUCUCAACAAUUUCAAAGUUUCAAUUCCUUGAAGAUAGGAAGAAGCAAAUGAAAAAUGUCAGGACUAUCUAUCCAUCUAUCCUAUAUGAUGUGUACUAUUAUGUAUGCUUGUAUGAAUUCAAAGAUAUCAAGAUUAUUAACCCAGAGUACUACUCACUUAUUAAGAAGCAGAUCCAUAAAUUACCAAUGAUAGAAGAUCAAGAACUGAUCAAUAAAAGAGAGGAGCUCGAUUAUCUUUAUAAUGAUAAUAAGUUAAAAAAGCUAAUCCGCGACCUCACAAACACCCACGGUAUGGUCAAAAGAAUCAACAUCGACCACCUUCUUAAUAAAAAAUAACCCUUCUUCAA